GGAGGCACCGGGCACCCACAGUCCACGUGACGUCACGGCGGCAGAGGGCGCAGCGGCUGGGCUCCGCGGCUGGGCUCCGCGGCCUGCUGACCGUUCUGGCCGUCGCGCUCGGACCCCGGCCCGGCCUCUGGCCCCGCGAUGGGAGCUGCUCCCGGGGACUGAGCUGGGCCGCAGCCGCCGGGAGCCCCCGCCCCGCCGCCUGCGCCCGCUUGGGGGCCGCCCGGCCUGUGCGCCCCGUCGCGGCCGCGGAGCAGCAGCAUGAUCCUGGCGUCGGUGCUGGGCAGCCCCCGGGCGGGGCCCCCACUCCGGCCCCUGCUGGGCCCCGCGCUCGCACUCCGAGCCCGCUCCACCUCCGCCACCGACACGCACCACGUGGAGCUGGCGCGGGAACGCUCCAAGACCGUCACCUCCUUCUACAACCAGUCGGCCAUCGACGCGGCGGCCGAGAAGCCCUCCGUCCGCCUCACUCCGACCAUGAUGCUGUAUUCCGGCCGCUCUCAGGACGGCAGCCACCUCCUGAAAAGUGGCCGCUACCUGCAGCAGGAGCUGCCGGUGCGGAUCGCUCACCGCAUCAAGGGCUUCCGCAGCCUGCCCUUCAUCAUCGGCUGCAACCCCACCAUUCUGCACGUGCACGAACUGUACAUCCGAGCCUUCCAGAAGCUGACAGACUUUCCUCCGAUUAAGGACCAGGCGGACGAGGCCCAGUACUGCCAGCUAGUGCGACAGCUGCUGGAUGACCACAAGGACGUGGUGACUCUCCUAGCCGAGGGGCUCCGGGAGAGCCGGAAGCACAUAGAGGAUGAGAAGCUUGUCCGCUACUUCUUGGAUAAGACGUUGACCUCACGGCUUGGGAUCCGCAUGUUGGCCACACACCAUCUGGCUCUGCAUGAAGACAAGCCUGACUUCGUGGGCAUCAUCUGCACUCGCCUCUCACCAAAGAAGAUCAUUGAGAAAUGGGUGGACUUUGCCAGACGCCUGUGUGAGCACAAGUAUGGCAAUGCCCCCCGAGUCCGCAUCAAUGGCCAUGUGGCCGCCCGCUUCCCCUUCAUCCCCAUGCCACUAGACUACAUCCUGCCCGAGCUGCUCAAGAACGCCAUGAGAGCCACGAUGGAGAGUCACCUAGACACUCCGUACAACGUCCCGGAUGUGGUCAUCACAAUCGCCAACAAUGACAUCGAUCUGGUCAUCAGGAUUUCUGACCGGGGCGGGGGGAUCGCCCACAAGGACCUGGACCGAGUGAUGGAUUACCACUUCACCACAGCGGAGGCCAGCACGCAGGACCCCCGCAUCAGCCCCCUCUUCGGCCACCUGGACAUGCACAGUGAUGGCCAGUCAGGCCCCAUGCAUGGGUUUGGCUUUGGGCUGCCCACAUCCCGGGCAUACGCCGAGUACCUGGGCGGGUCCCUCGGGCUGCAGUCCCUGCAGGGCAUCGGCACGGACGUCUACCUUCGGCUGCGCCACAUCGACGGCCGUGAGGAGAGCUUCCGCAUCUGAGCAUCUGACUCCACAUCCUGGGCCUGACUGCCUGCCCGCACUCCCCGCUAGGACCUUCUGGGGCCACCUUGCUCCACACGCUGCUGCAUCUUGGGUCUCUGGGCCCCUGACAGAUGAAUAGACAUGGAGCUGGGCACCCCCUACCCUCAGCAGGGCUCCCUGCUUCCCUGCCUCUGGGCCUCGCAGGGGAGGCAGGGGGGCGGUCCUGAGGGCCUCCAGCACCAGCUCCGUCAUUUGCGUUCCUGGGGAACCCUGACUGACCUGCUGUGUUAUUAAAGUUCACAUUUCGAAUUGCC